AUGUCUCACGAGAGCGUUUGGUACUCUCGACCCCGAAACUUCGGCAAGGGUUCUCGCUCCUGCCGCGUCUGCACCCACAAAGCCGGUCUGAUCCGCAAAUACGGCCUGAACAUCUGCCGUCAGUGCUUCCGGGAGAAGAGCCAGGAUAUCGGGUUCAUCAAGAAUGUGUUCUGGCUAACCAUGGGCAUCCCUUUCGUGAAAACAGCACCGAUAAAUGUCUACGCCCACCGCAGACUGCCAAAAUUACACCAUCGACCAGAGCGUCGGAAGUUCAAUAUCCUGAGACCCUGGUGGAACGAGAUGUGGUUCGGUGAAUUGCUUGCCUAG